UAAUCAAAACACAGCUGAUUGUCAUUUGUCAAAAUAAGAAAUUCAUUUUCAUUCCUCCUCAAAAAAAUCAAAUCAAAAUAAUAAUACACUUGAACAAAAGUAACAUUUAUACAACAUGAAUACUCGCAAUUUAUUUCGUGUUUUCAAUAGACCGGUAAUUUUAAAUUGUAUCUGUAAAAGAGAUAAAGGAUACAAAAUCGUACAACGUCCAGAUCCGAAGACAUUGAAAAUGCCUAACCUAGCUGAUGCGCCUAGUAUUAUGACGAUAAUUAAAGAGAAACAGCGGUUGAACGGCCCUUUAACUGUCGCUGAAUACAUGCACAUAGUGAUCACUAAUCCCACGGAAGGUUACUACGAGAAAAAGGAUGUCAUUGGUGAAACUGGAGACUUUAUAACAUCUCCUGAAAUCAGUCAGUUGUUUGGGGAAAUAUUGGCUGUUUGGUUUUAUGCUGAAACACAGAAGAUGAGUCCAGGCAAGCCUUUGCAGAUUGUUGAAUUGGGUCCAGGAAAAGCUACUCUUUUAAUUGACAUUUUGAGGGUGCUUAACCGUUAUGGCUACAAAGCGCCAGACCUGACACUACAUCUUGUAGAAAUAUCAACAGCAAUGCAAGUUGCACAAGCAAAUAGACUUUGUGUAUCACACAGAGAGACAGAUUUGGAGAGUCCUCAUAAUCGGGAGGGUGAAACCGUGAGUGGUAUUAAAGUAUACUGGUAUAAUGACCUGAAGAAAGUACCAAACAACUUUUCUUGGUACAUUGCCCAUGAAUUUUUUGAUGUGUUACCAAUUCAUAAGUUUGAAAAAACAGAAGAAGGCUGGCGUGAAGUACUUAUAGACCUUGACGAGAAUGACAAAUUACGCUAUAGAAUAUCAGCAAACGAAACACAAGCAACAAGAGUUCUAGUGAGACCUCCUCUUGAUGCAGGAGACCGGAAGGCACUUGAGAUAAGUCCAAGGAGUCUUGGUAUUGCUAGACAACUAGCAAAUAGAGUCGAUCAAUUUGGUGGGAUAGCAUUGAUUGCUGAUUAUGGCCACACUGGGGAAAAGGAGGAUACUUUUAGGGCAUUUCACAAGCACAAAAUUGUGGACCCAUUGGAGAACCCAGGUAUGGCAGAUCUGACAGCAGAUGUGGAUUUUAGUCAACUAAGGUUAGCUGCGUCUAUGACACCUGGGGAUGAGAACUAUGCGCUAGUUGUUGGACCAGUUGCGCAGAUGGAGUUUUUACAACGAAUGCAGGCAAACGCUAGACUACAAGUGUUAGUUGAUAAUGCCAAGACAGAAAAUGAUAAAGAAAAAAUUGAAGCUGCGUACGAUAUGCUGGUAAACCCAACGAAAAUGGGUGAAAGAUUUAAAUUUAUGGCCUUUUAUCCUUCAGGAAUGGCGCAAAUAUUAGAAAAAUACCCUCCAUUGGGGUUUUCUACUCCUAAAUAAUAAGAAUAUUGCCAUUAUACAUGUUAUUAGAAUAGGUAAAAUAUUAAUAUAAUAAUACUGAAAUAAAUAAA